GGAAGUGGCGGGUCUCCUCGGAGAGAGCGGCGGAGUCCGGGUACCAGGGCGAUCGCAGCGCCUGCUGAGCUCGUGGCCUCCCGCCACCCCCCCUUCCCCAUCCCGCCCACCAUGUCUGCCUUCGACUCCAACCCCUUCGCGGAUCCGGUGGACGUAAACCCUUUCCAGGAUCCGUCUGUGACCCAGCUGACCAAUCCACCUCAGGGUGGCCUGGCAGAAUUCAACCCUUUCUCAGAGAAUCCCCGGCUGACCAAUGCAGCAGCGACGACAGUCCCAGCUACCCAGCCCUCUGGGCCAUCACAGCCUGCAGUCCUCCAGCCCUCUGUGGAGCCCACCCCCCAGGCCGUGGCCUCUGCGGCCCAGGCUGGCCUGCUGCAGCAGCAGGAGGAGCUGGAGAGGAAAGCUGCCGAGCUGGACAGGAAGGAACGUGAGCUGCAGAACGCCGCAGCCAACCUGCACGUGAGGCCAAACAAUUGGCCCCCACUGCCUGCCGGCUGCCCUAUCAAGCCCUGCUUCUACCAGGAUUUCUCUGCAGAGAUCCCAGCUGAUUACCAGCGAACUUGCAAGAUGAUGUAUUACCUCUGGAUGUUGCACUCGGUGACUUUGCUCCUGAAUCUCCUCGCCUGCCUGGCCUGGUUCUGUGCUCACGAUUACAGGGGGGUUGACUUUGGCCUCUCGAUUCUGUGGUUCGUGCUCUUCACCCCGUGUGCCUUCAUCUGUUGGUACCGACCCAUCUACAAGGCCUUCAGGUCUGACAACUCCUUCAGUUUCUUUGUGUUCUUCUUCGUGUUCUUCUGCCAAAUAGCCAUCUAUGUCAUCCAGCUGGUGGGCAUCCCGGGCUGUGGCAACAGUGGCUGGAUCGCUGCUCUGUCAACAGUGAAGGCCGACUCGCCCAUGGCUGUCUCCGUCAUCAUGUUGGUGGUGGCUGCCUUCUUCACGCUCUGUGCCGUACUCUCCCUCUUCCUCCUGAAACGGGUGCAUUCCCUGUACCGCCGGACAGGCGCCAGCUUCCAGCAGGCCCAGGAGGAAUUCUCCCAGGGCAUCUUUGCUAGCAGGACCUUCCGAAACACAGCAGCUGGCGCUGCCCGAGGAGCGUUCCAAGGAAAUUAGCCCUUUCCACACAAUCGUCAUCCUCUUCUCUGCCAGCCCUUCUCCUCUCACUCGCCUCGCUGCCUCCUCCUGAGAUGCACUUUCCAGGGGUGCCUUGCUUACUUAAUGGUUCCAGCUCAGAACAGAGACGGGUCUCACCUUUGGCCCAUCCCGUGUUUCUUAGCAGCCAGCCUUCCCUCCCACUUGAGGCUGGGGAGGGAGGGUGGGUCCGUUUUUUUAUACAUUUUCUCUUACACACACAUGCAUGUGCGCGUGCGCGCACACACACACGUUAGCCCAGGUCUGUCUUUUGUGUGUACGGUAACUUGGUGGCAUUCCUGUCCUCAGGCGGUGGGGAUCCCCUUUGUUUGGGAUAGGUGGCCCCCGGUAGAGGGGGAUAGCACCCUUCUGCACGCUGCCUCCUCCUGGUGGUUCCCCGUUCUUCCACUGCAGAAGUGAUCUCUUCUCCCCUUUACCAUUGCCAGUCUGUGGGGAAACGAGCGUGUUGGUGACUUUACAGAACCUGUAGGAAGAGCGUGGCGAGGCUGGCUUCAGGACACUAACUCACUGCCCGGAGUGGAGAGCUGCUCCUCCUCAAGGGCUCGCCUGGGGUCAUGGCCCCUGUCAGGCUGGGGCCGCCCCUGCCUUGGGAGAGAACUGGAUCACAGUCCUCGAGAAAAAGUGCCUUAAUACCCCCCCCCCCCCCAGGCUUUCUGUGCAGAGAUGCUUCAAGACCCUGCUGGGAGCUAGGGCUUCAGACUUGCUUGGUGGGUGUGUAUGGGAGGGGUGGAGUCAGUGCAUCUGUUUCCUUCCUUCUGGAGGCUCUUGGGCCUGUGGGCAGCCAAUGGGCCCAUUGAGCUAACACAGACCCUCCUUCUGCUGCAUUCCCCUCACUCUCUGUCCUGGCUUCCCACUUCCCUCCCUUCACCCUCCACCCCUUCCCAUCAGCCAUAGAUGGCCUCCUGGCCUGGACGUGGGGAGACCCAUGCUUCCUCCCUCAGCUGCUCUCCCAGAAAGCUUAGCAGGGCUUUGGGUGAGGGGCCAGCCCCCAGCUCUUAGCUAUGAAGAGAGAACUCUCAGCUGGGCCCCUGUUUGGCCACCAGUCACCACAAGCAACAGGAAGGCUGAGCAGUGGACUUUGUUCUACAGGGGGGUGAGGAGGUGCUUGUGGUCCAGCCUGACUGACUGCUCUCAUCCAAUCAUGUGGGGACUGUUCUGGGCCCCCAAUGCUGUUUGCCUAAUUUCCUUCCCUCUGGCCCCAAAUGUACCUAGCAAUAGUGGCAAUGAAUGAGAUCUUAAGAACUCUCUACUCUCCCUUUCUGAGAUAUAUUUUUUUUCUCUCUAUGUACAAAUGUAUAUGUCAUGUCUUAACUUUUGUGCUUUAAAUAAAAACAACAUAGAUGUAAAAAAUAAAACCCUUUCUCAGUGCA